AUGAAUAUAGAUUGGGACAAGCUUCAGAAAGACGGAAAGUUAGAAGACCCUAAUAUUUAAAAUAUUAUAAAUGAAGUCAAAUAGUAAUUUAUAGAAGAAAAAAUGAGAAAAUGCUAGGAGAAAAAUUAAGAAGUUUAAUAGAAUUCUGAAAAUAAAGAAAGGAAUAUUUUAGAGCAAAUUGCUUUAGAUUAGUUAGAGGAAGAGGAAACAUAAAAAAAAUUGGAAGAAAGUAAAAGCAUUCAGAAUAGUUAAAGCUCUUAAAGCAAAAAUACUAAUACAAAACUUUGUUAAAAUUGUAAGCAAUAAGACAAAAAAGUAAGUUCUUGUGCUGGUUGCAAAGAAGUAUAUUACUGUUCAGUUGAAUGUUAAAAAGCAGAUUGGAAAAACCAUAAAAAGCCUUGUUAAAUUAAAUAAGAAGAAAUAAAGGAAAUUUAGAGAUUAGAAGAGAAGAAAAAGAAAAAGAAUAUUGAUUGGUUUGAGAAAAUAGAUAACUGUGGUUAGGGUAAUUUUAGUGUCAUUUAAAAAAUGAAGGAAAUAUCAACUGGAAAAAUAUAUGCUAUUAAGGUAAUAGAGAAGAAAAGACUCAAAUAGUUAGGAAAAGAGAAAGAUAUAAUCAUGGAAAAGCAUGUCCUUAAAAAGCUCAGUGGUUCGCCAUAUGUAAUUGAAUUAUUUGAUACUUUUUCUGACGAAUUGUGCUUGUAUAUGUAAAUGGAGUUCGUGGACGGAGGAGAAUUAUGGAAUUAUUGUCGUAUCUUUGGUCUUAUAGGAACUUCACUUGUAAGAUAUUUCUUUGCAAAAUUAUUGGUUGCAUUAGAGUUUAUACAUUCUAAAGGUAUUAUUCAUAGAGACAUUAAAACAGAAAAUGUUUUAGUUACAAAAGAUGAUAAAAAUAUUAAAUUUUGUGAUUUUGGUACAAGUAGAGAUGCUUUAGAUGAUAGUAUUUAAGGUGCAGGUACAGGAAGACCUGGUAAAAAGAUGUUUGAACAUUUUGUAGGAACUCCUAAUUUUAUGGCUCCUGAGUGUGUUAGAAAUAAGGCAAGUGAAUAUAGCAGCGAUAUAUUUAGUUUAGGAGGUUUAGUUUUCUAGCUUUAAACAGGAUUCCCUCCAUUUUUAGGUAGAAGUGAAUAUUUAAUCUUUUUACAAUCAGAAAAACAGGAUCCUAUAUUUUAAGAGGAACUUUGGUAAAAUCAAGAUGAUUUAAAAGACUUAAUACUAAAAAUGAUGAAGAAAGAAAUGACGGAAAGAAUUACUAUACCUGAGAUUAAGAAGCAUCCUUACUUUAAAAACAUAGAUUGGGGAAAUCUCCCAACUUACGAAGAGUCUUUGUAGAAGUUUACUAAAGAAGAAAGAUUUUUCUAAAAUAUAAAAGGUGAUUUAAUUAGUAAUUUUAACGACUUGAAUGAAAAAGCUGAUAUGGUAGAUAAAAAAUUCAAGGAAUGGGAAUAAAAACUAGAAACAAUUGAUGAAUUUGAUGAAUAAGAGAAAGGUUAAAUUCUGAAAAGAUUAUAAUUCAUGCAUAAAUAAGCAAAGCAGAUGUUUAAUAUAGAAGAAUUCUUCUGGUAAGACUUCUAAUUAGCUGAUAAAGGAAACUAAAAAAAAGAUUAGUCUGAUGAUGAUGAAGAUGAUGAUGAUAAUGACGAAGAUGACUAAAACUAAAAUAAAGAUAAAAAAAUUAAAUGA